AUGCUGGCUGGUGGGCUGUUUUGCCGUGCUACUUUAGUGUGGGAGCUUCUGGCCCUAGCCCUCGCUCUGGCUUUCUUGAAGUGCGAUGAGGCGCUCGGUGACAAGAAAAUGUCGGGUGCCUGGGAGUGGGCGCCAGCGUUGCCGUUUUAUUUAGAGGUGGUGGCGAUCAUUCUGACAAUAUGGUCAGGCUUCCUGUGUUGUUUCAUUGAGCUAGGCCGGCAGGUGGACGCCCAUUCGGUCGGCAUCGAGGACGGCGGCAAGGAGCCCGAUGAGGUCGGCAUCGAGGACGGCGGCAAGGGGCCCGAGGUCGGCAUCGAGGACGGCGGCCAGCAGGAGGAGCCUGAGGACGAGGGCACCAUGGACGGCGGCCAGCAGGAGGGGCCCGAGGAAGAGGUCGGCAUCGAGGACGGCGGCCAGCAGGAGGAGCCUGACGAGAUCGGCAUCGAGGACGGCUGCCAUCAGGAGGAGCCUGAGGACGAGAUCGUCAUCGACGACGGCGGCCAGCAGGAGGAGCCUGAGGAUCUCGAGGGCGGCGACCAGCAGGAGGAGCCUGGCGUCAAGGAGCUCGAGGGCGGCGGCCAGCAGGAGGAGGGGAGGUCCUCCGAAGCAAUCUCGCGCCUGUACUACAAGAAGCUUCCCACGGGGAAGGCGCUUCAGCUGGCCCCCGUGACCGACAACACCUGGGACGACGACGGCGGCGGCGGGGAUCCCGAGGGCAUCUCUCCGACCGAGAACGGCGCGACCGUCUCGGGCUCGAGGUUCGCCGCGGAGAGCGGUUGCGCUGCGCGCAAUGCUGCCCACGGGAAGCUGGCGGCUGCCUUAGCGAGAGUCGCCACGCUCGAGGCCGAGCUCGCCGACUGCCGCGCGGUGCGCGGGGAGGCGGCGGCGCAGGCCGUGCGGAUCGCGGCUCUUCCGCUCGGCAGCCAGCAGGUCCCCGACGACGUCCUGGUCCAGGAGCUCGCUACGCGGCUGGCCCUGGCCGUGCCUGUGCUGAUGGACAUGCUCGCCAACCGCCGCGCAGCUGCAGUUGGCGCCGCGGUCCCCCGCGCUGCCCCCGCCGCGCCGCCCCCCUGCGGCGGCAGCAGCGGGACGCGGUGCGGCACGCUCGGCGCGGACGUCAGCAACGAGCUUGCAUCGUCGCUCACCGUUGAUGGGGGUGUCGGCCUCGGCAAGGACGCGGUGUUGGUGGUCGUGGUCGCGCUGCUCUUCCUCAGCUUCGCCCUGCUGGCGCAGUGGAUCCACACCGCCGCGUGCCUGCCCAGCGCUCGGCGGCCGAGGGAGUGGCGACGGACUGGUGUGUGGCUCGCAGGCGCGGGCGCAGCCUGCCCGCUGGCGCGUCCUUCACGCUCGCCGAGCUCGUGCGCAGCGCGGGUCUUCCCACUGCGGCCCCGCUGGCUUCUGGGCCGCGUUGGUGGCACGCUGGCGUCGAGGGAUUGGAUGACUCGGCCUUGGCAAGGCCUGAGAGCAGCGGUGGCUUUGGCGAGCACCCUGCCCCUCGGCCUUCUGAAGGUGGUGCUGUUCAUCCUCAUCGCCUCCCUGAUCCUGUCUGCCGUCCUCAGCGGGGGCAGCGAGAUGGCCGCGGGCGACAUCGACGGCGAUUUCAGCAUGCAGGAGGUCGGCUCCCGCAACCAGGACGGCGACAGGUCCUUGGCCUCGGACGCCGUGGCGCACGGCGGCUUCGACCUCUCCCCGCACCUCGGCUCGGACGACGGCGUGGAGGUGGACGGCGAGGACGGCGUCGGCGACGGCUGCACGCCCCUCGGCUCGGAGACGGUGGCGCGCCAGGAGCCCGCGCGCGGGCCCAAGCGGCUCCUGGCUCUGCGCCGCCACGUCUUCGCGGGAUUCGUGGCCCUCACGGUCGACCGCGAUAUUCGGAGGCCGGGCUGGCAGGGCGCAGGAGCGCUGACGACAGAGGCUGCCCUCGUGGCUGCGUCUGUGGCGUGGUGUGGCGCCGGCAGCAGCCACGGGCUUGGUCGCCUCUCGUCGCUGCUGACGUUGGGCCUGCUGGCCGACUGCCUGUUCCCCGAGCCCAGCGAGCUGUGCCGGAGCAGCGCCUCGCCAGGGCUCGCGCUGGGGACCCUGGUGCUGCCCACGCUGUUCGCCGUGCAGGCGGACGUCAACGUCGUGCUGUCCGUCAUCGCCGCGAUCGGCGUGAACAACUGGGGCGCCAGUCUCGGCCUGGCGGCGUGCGCCGCCGGCGUGUCGACGGCGAAGACUCGAGCGGUGUCGCACUCGCUGUCCUGGGGGUUGCACAUCGGGGCGCUGGGAGCCCUGGCUGUGUACGUGUUCGCGCGCACCCCCGGCGACCGCGUGUCGUCGCACCCGCUGAUCCGCUGGGCUCCGUUCGUGCUCGUCGUGCUGGGGUCCCUCAUGGUGCUGCUGGACCUGACACGCCACGUGCUUCUGGACCAAAACAUCGCGCCAGUCCACCUCCACAUGUACAACAAGGACGGCUCUCUAACCGCUGUGGGUGAGAUGGGUAUGUAUUGCACCUGGUGUGGUGUCGUGCUGCUGGUCAUCGGCACCGGCUGGUUCCUCAAUUACCAGGACAAGAUCGCGAGUCUGUACCAGUCCAUGUUUGGGAAGGCUGGCACUCCCGCGCCAGCGGCUCCAGAGGAGCGCGCCUAG